AUGUGCACUAAGCCUAUUGCAGUUCCUCCGGAAAUCCAUCCGGAACGGCUGAAUAUGACAGCAAAUAUCGAUGAAACCGUAACAUUGACAUGUAAUACAACUGGAAUACCGGAACCUGUAGUUGCUUGGGUGAAAAUGCCCAAUAUCGAUAUCACUGGCAGUGAAGAGAAAUAUCAGAUUUAUGGGACUGCACUGCAAAUCAAGAAAGUUACGCCGGAAGAUGAGGGUUUCUACCAUUGUGUUGCAAAAAGUAAUGCAGGACAAGCAAUUGGAUCCAGACGACUUAAUGUUAAAGUGCCAAGAAAGGACUAUAAGGUAAUAUGGGUAGAAUGUGACGAAUCCGGACAACCGAUCAAAACGACGUAUGUACCAGCACGAGGUGAUGUUCCUGAAAGCGAACGAAAUUUAUUACCAUGGAAGCAAGAUUUACAGGUAGUUAUUCAUUUUCUGCUCUAA